AUGUUGACCCACCUCAGAGCUCGCAGCAGGAGUUUGUUCUCCAGCUACAAACCCGGCAGCCAGACCGAAAAGGUCCAAGAAGCUGAUCAACACCUGGACCUGGUCAACACUUUUGUUAAACCAUGGAACUCCAUGCAGGACCUGAGCAGAGACAUCUAUGAUCUUUAUGCUGAGUAUGAGCGUGAGGAGGUGGAUGAUCGGCUGCCGGUGUCGCCCUCGCGUGUGCUACGCUCUCCAACCAAACACUUAACCCUCAACAUCAACGUUGGAGGAACGGUGUACCUCCUGCCCUACAGGUUAGCUGUCCAGUACCCAAAGACUCGGAUUGGUCGGUUGGCCACGUACACGGACCACAGCAGGAAGCUGGACCUGUGUGACGACUACGUCGUUCACAGUAACGAAUUCUUCUUUGACCGAGACCCAAAAAUCUUCCACAACAUCUUUAACUUCUACAGAACUGGAGUGCUGUGCAUUAAAGAUGAGUUGUGUCCCCACAACUUCCUGGAGGAGAUCCACUACUGGGGCGUCAGAAUCAAAUACAGCCAACGCUGCUGCCGCAUCUCCUUCGAAGAGAGGCAGGAUGAGCUGAACGAGCAGCUGAAGAUACAGAAGCAGCUGGUGGCUGAGCUGGAGAUGGAGGAGAACGACGCGGUGUACGAUCACAUGGCCUUCGGGUUGACCCGCAGGAGAAUCUGGAACCUGAUGGAGAAGCCGUUCUCCUCAAUCACCGCCAAGCUGAUGGGUGUGGCCUCCUCUUUCUUUGUGCUGGUGUCCCUGGUUGCCAUGACGCUCAACACAGUAGUGGAGAUGCAGUACAAGACACCGUCAGGCCAACCCAGCGGAAGAUUCUACGGAGAGAGCGUGGAGACGUUCUGCAUCACCUUCUUCACCGUGGAGUACCUGCUGCGUCUCAUUUCCACCCCUGACAUCAAGUGUUUCGGGCGCAGCGUGCUGAACACCGUCGAUCUCAUCGCCAUCCUGCCGCACUACCUGCAGAUGAUCCUGGAGCUCUUCGAGGACGAGGACACACACCAGCACUCUGAGGACAUCGAGACCGUCGCUCGUGUUGGAAAGGUGGGUCAGGUCCUGAGGAUCAUGCGUUUGAUGAGAAUAUUCCGGAUCUUGAAGCUGGCUCGUCACUCGACGGGCCUCAGAGCCUUCGGCUUCACGCUGAGACAGUGUUACCAGCAGGUGGGCUGUCUGCUGCUCUUCAUCGGCAUGGGGAUCUUCAUGUUUUCUGCCAUGGUGUACAGCGUGGAGUACGACGUUUACAGCACGAACUUCACCUCCAUGCCACAUGCGUGGUGGUGGGCAACUGUGAGCAUUUCCACAGUGGGCUACGGUGACAUGUUCCCCGAGACCAACCUGGGCCGCGUCUUCGCCUUCGCUUGCAUCUCAUUCGGCAUCAUCCUCAACGGCAUGCCCAUCUCCAUCCUCUACAACAAGUUCUCCGACUACUACACCAAGCUCAAGUCCCACGAGUACGCCAUGGUGUCCAAGGCCCGCGGGAAGGUGCGCUUCAUCAAGAGGGCGGCAAAGAGGUUUGCAGAGUGCUGCGACGACGUUGUGCAGCCGAGGCCGCAGGAAGGAGGUCAGCAUGAGAAAUUUCAAGUAUACGAAGGGUUAAAAACCGGACCACCUGGGUUCUAA